UACUCGAGCGUAGGUUGUAUUCAUGCGGCAAAUGCAAAAGGCCGACUGCACAUUAUUUGACAUUUCUUCUGGGUUCGGCAAACACCAACUUUUGCGGUAUACGGAAAUUAUUCCUUUUUCAUGUCCAAAAACAAACCAAAAGAUCCGUGCAAAGCAGCAGCUUGUAAAAUUCAGACCUGUUUGAGAGAACACAGCUACGACGAGGUGAAGUGCUACGAUGUCAUCGAAGACAUGCGGCAAUGCUGUCUGAAGUGGCAUAAAGUAUCGCUGUGCUGUUCCGGCAUCCAACUUGAUCGUGAUUACAAAAUCGAAAAGGAAACCAUUCUUCGAGAAAGAGAAACUGCCCGCAAGAGCAAUGCACACUGAUCCGAGACGACCGCUGCGAGUUCCGAAACGUAAUUGGUUUCAGCGUAAUCCACGUCUGUACAGCAAUCUCAUAACCGCCUCCGCCCUGCUAAUAUUCUUUUCGAAACCUCUGUACGACGCUUUUAUUGCCGAACCG